CUCUCAGUAUACACAAUUUGGCUGGUGUGAGAAUGUGUGUUGCGCAGCGCUCCUUUGUACACCUUCCUGUGUCUCGCCGGUUGUGUGUUUAAGACGUCCACACCUCCUCCUGUGACUCUCGCGUCUGUCUGCUUCAUAUUUCUGUAGCCGACCUGAGAUUGACAUUCGUAUUGUAAUGUUUAACUUUCUGUGAAACUUACGUUGAAGAUCGUGAGAGUGAGUGUUGAGUGAGACAGUUGUGCUGCGCUGAGACCGUCACGUGACGUCUUGUUGUGUGUAAACUUUGUUAAGGGAUUCUUCACAUAUUGCUACUUACUUUAGUGAUUGAUUCAAUGUCUGAGUUUUAUCAUUAAGCCUCACUUGUGGUUAAGGAAGUGAGCAGCAACACAGACAUGACAGUGAAGGUGGUCUUGACUGUAGUGGUGGUGACCCUGGUGUUGACAACAGCCUCAGGUGUUGGGGCCAAGGACUUCGUUGAGUACGAGUACACACCACUACUUUAUAACUACUCAACAAAAAGAACCAAUAAACACAUCGCUUCAGCAGACAGUGUGGUGUAUAACUCUCUGUUAUAUAAUGCAACGCUGCAAAAAUGUUGGUGUUUGGGGGACCAAGUGUGGGAUGGGUCACAGUGUACAGACACUACAACCAGUGUGGUGGUGCAGGACCUUGAGGCAGGGGGCGUUGUUGUCGUCAAAACCAAUGAAUUUGGUAGUGUGAAGGUCGGGGAGCCCCAGUGUCCCCCGGGUCACUCAUUUGUUGUGCUCGACUCUACUCGUGAGUCACUGGACCAGUUCUCCCUCCUAGACUCUGGGAACUUGUACUGGCAACAACAUCAAUAUCAUCAGUAUUGUAUCGAGCACACGCUGCAUGAAGGAGGGGAACCAAACUCCUGGGAGGCUCACGUGUGCCUCUCACCCCCAAAGGUACCUCGGUGCUGUGCCCGAGGCCUCUCCCUCGGGGCCGACAACUUUUGCACCGCCACAACCAACCAUGUCUUCACACCACCCGUCAUGGUGGACGGAGUGCUUAUUAAGUGGUUGGUCGAGGGAGAUGGAGAUAUUAAUAAUGUGACGUGUGAGGAUUUUGAGGAGCUGAUGAUUCUACAACUGAACACUGAUGGGUCGUAUCUCACAUACUCGUCAGGUGAAGCGUCUUUAGUGUGGUCGCCACCCAACUCACAAGGUUCAGAGCAGCGGCAAGAUUACUGCGUGGGUGUGGAAGCAGGGAAAGAUGACUACUUUGUCAGACUCUGUUAUGAGGACCUCGUCGCCAGCCACCACCAACAGUGUAGGGACGCCACCUGCGUGCGCAAGUGUUGUCCAGAAAAUGAGUUAAUUGAUGGAGUUAAUUGUGUUCCUGCCACAAGUGACAAUGAGUUGUGGAAACCUUCAUUUUAUAACCCUGAUAACUUGACCCUUAAUGUACCUCCUGCUGCUGAUUUAAGAGUUGUUCAUGGAUUUCCACUUUGUGGGAACUUCUUUCAAACUGGAGUUGAUGACCCAGAAGAAGAAAUAUUCUUGUUGAGUAACGGAUUUUUAAAAUUUUCUGGCUUCCCCAAACCAUAUCCCCCUGACCGCUACUGUGUGGAAAAGUUUCUUGGUGUAGAUGGGUCAGCCUCCACUUAUGGGCUGAUCUGCUUCGAAGACAACGUCGAAGAGCUGAUGACGUGUAGAACAAUAGCCAGGAAAUAUGUGUACCCGAGUUUCACGCUGGUGUCAUGUGUGUUCCUCCUCGUGACCCUUGUGUCAUAUGCCAGUGUGCCAGAACUACGGAAAAAGUUACACAGCAAGUGCCUCAUGUCCCUGGUGUCGGCGCUGUUCCUUGCCUACAUCCUGAUGCCCAUCGUAUACUUGGCGGACGGCAACAUGCAUCCGUCGGUCUGCACAACUAUAGCUACGGUGCUUCUCUGGUCCUUCCUGGCUGCCUUCUUCUGGCUCAACGUCAUGUGCUUCGACAUCUGGAGGACCUUGAAGGCCAUGCGGACGGUGACUGAGGGAGGGGAGUGGGCGAGACGACGCUUCAGGAUGUACUCCCUGUACGCAUGGGGCAGCUCCUUCCUCCUUGCCCUCCUGGCCCUCAUCAUGGAGACACUCCCUGACACCCACAGCGUCAUCAGACCCAACUUUAGUGGCACCUGCUGGUUUAAAAAUUAUCACAACGCGUCAAUGUGGCUGUACUUCUACGGGUGGGUGUUGGCGCUGACGGUGGCCAACGCCCUCUUCUUCAUCGGGGUGGCCUUUAUCCUCAUCCGGUCCCAGAACGACCCCAUCCUUCAGCGAACCCGCGAACAGAACCGUGAGAGGAUGUGGCUCUACGUCAAGUUGUUCCUGGUGAUGGGGGUGGCCUGGCUCGCUGAGGUUAUCUCCUGGCAAGAGGGAUCCUGUUGGGCAUGGAUCCUGACAGACAUCAUCAAUGCACUGCAAGGCGUCACCAUCUUCCUGGUGUUUGUGUGCAAGAAGAACACUCUUAAGAAGAUCAAGGAACAAUGGUGUAGGAUGGUGAGGAGAGAACAACAUUCACCAGGUUCUGUUAUGUCUACGAGUCGCCCUACCAUGAGUACCACGUCGGGGAAGAGGACGAGUGAUGUGAGCUCCCUCAGACCUAGUGAACAGUUGUGUGCAGUGAAGGUAGACGCCAAAAACUACACUGAGGACAUCAUAGCCAUGGACACCGUGGUGAGGACCAACGGCUCCCAAUCAGUACCACCAAGCCCCCAGGAGAACCAUUCAACACCAUCUAGCCCCCAGGAGCAUCUCCCAACACCACCUAACCCCAAGGAGCACCACCCAGCACCACCCAGCCCCCAGGAGCACACUGAUUCACUAGCUGAGAGGGAGAGAGAUAGAUCAUCAAUCGACACCUAUGAUGAAACUGAUCCCAUGAUUCCCCCCGCCUUUGUGGGUGACGGCCAGGCUAGUGAAGAGAGAGACCAACCCGAGGAUCUGACACCCACUGAAGCUACACCACUGAGGUCCACUGUGCCUCCUUCAGAAACUCCGGAAACACACUUUUGAACUGUACAGGAGAUAAGGUACUUGAAACUUAAUAGGUCUGCUGAGAUGUAUGUUUAAGGUUGAGUCUCCUGUAAAGACCUGGACGAGUCGAUGAUAUUCGCCCACUCAGUCAUUGUCAGAUAUACUGACUGUUGGGCAAAAAUCAAAAUAAUCUCUUCUGACUUGUGUUCCAUAUGUAAUAUAGUUGACACGCUUUGGCAUAGUGUGUUGACUUUUAAUGUUUUUAGUGUGUUGAACCCCAUAGUUGCAUUUUACCACAAUUUUGUGUUUAGUGAUUGUUGUGUGUUGCUGUACUUGCCAAUAUUGCUGAUAUAGAAUUUUUUUAUGUAAGCUGUAGCACUGUACAUGACUUGUCUGAGGAGUACAUUAUGACAUACACUGCUGUA